AUGAACUUCUUGUCUAAAUCCGCCAAGGCACUCUCUGAGAACGCUGCUAGAUCUACCAGGGACAUCACAGGAGCCUUUGUUCCAAACAAUGAUGAGAAACUGAAGAGAAUCAUACGCAAAGACGAACCCCCGAGAGUUUCGGGUGUCAUUUGGAAACGAAGGGGUGGCGUUGGAGGCAAAUUGGUUUCCUAUUCAAGCGCAUGGGAACAGCGAUUGGUGGAACUAAGGGGGAAUGUUCUAGUUUACUAUGAAGCAUCAGAUGGAGUCAAGACGAGUCGAGAUGGCAAAGCACUCUCUUCUGCCCCCAAGGAACCACGAGGAUUCUUGGAUUUGGCAGAAGAAAAGGCUGCCGCCACUGCGACUUAUGGACAUUCUGGUGCACCAUCGCCCUUUUGCAUUAGUAUCAAGGUCGGAAUUGCCCAAGAAACAAAAUGGAAAUUGUGCUUUGACAAUCACAGCACACAAAUGGAAUGGCUGGUAGCGAUAUCCGAUGUUGCCAUUCGUUGCAGUGUCGAUGGCUACAACCAUGCUCUUCUGGAGAAAGCCACUCCACACGAACAUGAGUCAACAGCUGGCAAUAUGUUUCGCCAAGUCAGUCUGUCCCAGGCGCCAGUAUAUGAACCUGGCGCCAGACGUGGAAAAUCCGAAACGGCGCACACCUUAUGGGAUUUGGAUCACUAUUCCAUCAGCAAUGGUUCCGCACAGGCUGGCAGCUCGACGGACGAUGAUAAACAAUUACCACUUCCAACUUCGCCAACGUCCGCAUCAUCACCUCGUGCACCGACAUCACCUACUGUGCCCCAGGUGGACAACGCCUUGCAAGUAGUCGAAACCUUGCUGGCUGAAAAGGGAAAAGAAUGCAAUGCGCUCCGAGAAGACUUGAAGCAACUCAAGCAAGAUGUCGAACGACUCAAGACUACCCCUGUGGAGGGUGGAAACUGGGAAAUUAGUACCAAUGAUGCCCAAAUGCAACAUGCUGUGGAAUCUGUCAAGAUUGCGCUGGCGGAAAAGCAGAGCCUUUUCGACAAGGCACGUAUUGAAGAAAUGAAGAACAAAAAGUUGGAAGAAGAGAAAUCUCAAACUGCGGCCAAGCAAGAGAAACUACUUUGGGCUUUGAAGGAAGAAUUUCGCAACGCACUCGAGGCCGAGAAGAAGAAGUGCGAAGAGCUCAAGGUCGAGCUGGGAAAGCAGCAGACCUUGAACCAACAACAGCAGCAACAAGCGCAGCAACAGCAAAACGCUACCAAAGAGGCCAGCUCGGGUCAUGAGGCCGCACUAAGGCAGCAAGAGCAACUGAACUUGGAACUGAAACAGCGAAACGAAAUGCUUCUCACUGAGGUGAACAAUCAAAAGGAAUCCAAGAAGUCACUCCGAGCCGAGAGCGUAGCGUUUCAAAAGGAAAUUGAAGAUCUCAAGUCGGUAUUCGAGCUGCGAGAAGAAAAGCUUCAUAAGGAAAAGGAAGAUUUCAAGUUGGAGCUGCAAAAGCAUACCGAAAAAUUGGAAAAAGACAAGGAAAGUCUCAAGACGGAACUGCUGCAACAAAACGAGAAGUCGCAGAAGGAAAAGGAAGAUUUCAAGUUGGAACUGCAAAAGAAUAAUGACAAGCUUGUGAAGGAGAAAGAAGAGCACAAGAUCGAGCUCAAGCAACAGAGCGAAAAAUCACAAAAGGAAAAGGAAGACCUCAAGUUGGAGAUACAACGACAACGGGAGCUACUGAAAAACCAAGAGGAAGGGCUCAAGGCAGAUCUUCAGCAGCAGAUGGACAAGCUCCCCGAAAAAGAGGAAGCCCUCAAAUUGGAGAUUCAGAAGCAAACGGUCCUACUAGGACAACAACAGCGCCAGAUUGAACAGCAAAUAAAGGAGCAUCAAGAUAUUACGGAGGAGAUGCGUGCAGCAAUGGAAAAGCAAGAGAAGGAAGUCGUCCAGCGUCAAACAGAAUAUCGAGAGCGAAUCGAAGCCCUCGAAAAAGAAAAGGAAGGAAUCAAAUUGGACCUUAAACAACAGCAAGAAAAGCUACAAAAGGAGAAGGAAGAAAUCAAGUCAGAAUUGGUUCAACAAAAGGAAUCGCUAGAAAAGGACAAGGCUGGACUCAAGGACGAGCUGACGCAUCAACAAGAGAAGCUAGAAAAGGAAAAAGAAGCUCUCAAGAAGGAAUUGCAGGAGCAAAAGGAAAUGCUUGAAAAGGAAAGGGAAGGCCUCAAGGGUCAGCAGAGUCAACUCCAAGAAAAUCUUGAAAAGGAAAAAGACACACUCAAUGUUGAAUUGCAAAAGCAAAAGGCGCUACUUGAGCAGGUCAAGGAAGGGCUCAAGAAAGAGCUCAAGUUACAACAAGAACAGCUCCAAAAGGAGAGGGAAGUGCUCAAGAAGGAAUUGGACAAGCAAAAGGAAACGAUUCAAAGGGAGAAUGAAGGAUUCAUGAGUGAAUUCAAAAAGCGCGCAGAAGAACUGCAAAAGGAGAAGGAAGAAAUCCAGUUGGAAUUGAAAAUGCAAAAGCAGUCCACGCAGCAGCAAGACGAAGAGCUCAAGGUCGAAAUGCAGAAACAAAAGGUACUGUUGGCACAGCAGGACGGCCAGAUCGAACGUCUGACAAGGGAACAAAAAGAGUCUGCCGAUGGGAUUCGCACAACUUUGGAACAAAAGAAGGCAGAGCGUGACCAACUCCAGAAAGAAUUGCAGCAGCAGGAGGAAUCUUUCCAGAAGGAGAAGACAUCUUUCAAGUCCGAGGUACAACAGCAAAAGAAAGAGCUUCAAAAGGAAAAGGACGCUCUCAAGCUGGAACUCCAACAACAGAAAGAGAAAUUGCAACAACACGAGAAGGAAUCGCAGCUGAAGCUUCAGAAGCAAAAGGAAGUAUUGCAACAAGAGAAGGAGCAACUAAAACGAGAGAAGGAACAGCUCCUGCAGCAACAGCAAGAGUUGCAACCAAGUCCUUCGAGUGAGGAAUUGAAGCAGGACAAGUUACUAUGGGCUCUGAAGGAAGAAUUCCGUCACUCAUUAGAGGCUCAAAAGAAGGAAUACGACGACCUUAAGUCGGAAUUGGAAGACCAGCAGACAAUGUACCGACGCCUACAAGAAGAUGUCCAGCAGCAAAAGCAGAAGGCCGCCAAAGAAAUCCACACCGAGUUGGACCAACAAAAGAAAGAAUAUGACGAACUACAAAAGGAACUCCAACAACAAAUGGACAAGCUUUUGAAAGAAAAGGAAGGCGUAAAGUUGGAACUCCAUCGGCAAAAGGAAAAGCAGCAGAAACAAGAAGAAGAAUUGCAAUUGAAGAUUCAGAAGCAGAAUGUGCUGUUGGCACAACAAGAGGGGCAAAUUGAACGACAAAAGACAGAGUUGCAACAAAAACAACAACAUCACUUGAUGGUCGACGAUGCACCCGUUCAGGAAAACACGACGAGUGAGGAAGACGACGACUUUGAAGAUUGCAUUGAAGCAUAG